CUCGUCCAUUGCUGCUCCGGAUCGCCCAGGCAAGAGGCCAGAGGAGCUCCAGGUUCACAACCCCCCACUUGGGCACGAUACGAGUCGGAGGAGGAGGAGGUAUCCGAGGCGGACGCCGCGUCACACCAUCUGCUUUCGCCUGUUGAGAGUGAUAGUGAGAAGGAGUCGACGGGUGACGACGACGACGAUAGCCGGCCUUCACGCAACGAUCAACUUCUUUCCUUGGGACAUGGUGUCUCCCCAACGAUGAGCCCUAGGUCACGACCGAUUUCAAUUGCCACGGUGAAACGCAGCAGUACAGCGACUUUUGUGCCGGAACAUGAUCAUGCCUGUAGCCAUGACCGCGAUGACCACGAUAACGACGGUGACCAUGAUUGCGAUGAUGACACGACCGGACCCUUCACCCCCAGCACGACUCCGCCCAUGCCCUCUCCUCUCCUCCCCCAGACCUGUGUCGUGGUUGAGGACAGUCCCGAUGGGGACAUGAUGCCGUACUACCGGUCUCUCUUCCGGAAUUCGAUCAUCUCUGACGACGGACUCGACGUGGAAGACGAGAUCUUCGAAGCUAAGCAGAUCAUGUACAUGGCUCCGCCAUCGCGCCCCUGUCUGAUCUCCAUCCACCAUUCUCCAACAGAGUCGACCGUGGCCGCCCGCAUGGGCAGGCCCGUCUCGCCACGGCGGUGUUCAGUGAAGAGCGCUCGAAGCAGCGGCAGCAGAAGGACCAGCAGGGCAUCGCGUUGCGAAAGAGAAAGCGGCCGGAAGAUGUCGACGUCGUCCGGCCUGUCCUGUUCGCCGGAACGGACCAAGCGGUGUUCGACCAUCGUCUUCCGGGAUCCCUUCCGUUCGGAGGGAGAAGAGGUGUAUCUCCGCCCGCCGCAGAUGGACUCGCGGACGCGGGCUGCCUCGCCGACGGACCGGCGUUCGUCGCGCGCGUUCUCUGCCCGUCGCUCACGUUCAUUAUCCAGAGAAGAUGUCGGGCGCUAUUUCAGCCAGGAAGCAGCACGACGGGGAUCAGAGACGCAGGCAGAUCAAGCACGACCGAAGACGAGUGGCAGCGGUGCCUGCUUGUCCGACAUGCCCUUACGACGACCAGUCCCGACGGCAGCGAGGCCGGCCACAUUCUACCAGCAGGGACGGUGGUUCCGCAGUUCGAGCUUCAACAGCGACGGCACUGCAUCUAGUGCGUUUAGCGCGUCUUCGUCCAAGCUGAGCGCUCUCCUGACGCAGAACACGUCCACGACGUCGCUACCGUUGUCAGCGCAGUCCCCGGAUCCAGACAGGAAACAGCUGAUCCGACAUCCGCGGCUGAGCUCUUUGACUGGUAACUCUCCGGAGGCAGGUCUACGUGGGAAUGGUUUACCAACUAUCACUACUGCUGCUGCUGCUGCUGCUCCUUCUCAUUACCGCUCCGAGUCGAGCUACAGCGAUUUCGGGCCCAGUCGAAGCGGAAAUGCGAGAGGGAGCCUCACAUAUCCGUAUGUGAAGGGCGAUCGCAGAUCGCAGCUGUCCACGCUGAGAGCGAACUCGUCACUGUCGCUAGAGGUCGAUCAGAACGAGUCGAGCAGUGGAAGGGAAGUUGUUCGCAAUGAGCAUGCUUCUUACAAACCGAAGCCCAAGCCGAAAGGCCUGAUGGGGUUUCGACUGAGGAGGAAGCGAGAGAGUUGA